UACAGAUACACAAAGACAAGAGAAGAUUAGAGAGGAUUUGUUAAAAAAAAAAAUGGAGUCUGCGUUGGCUAUCUCGGCGACGACAGUGCCUCUCUUCAUUCUAUCUAAAGCCCUUAACCGUCAUUUCACCACCAACACCACCCGUUCCUUACUCCGCAUCUCCUCGACUCAACUCGUCACUCGCCGACUCAGCUCCAUCUACUCCCGCAACAACGACUUACUUCCUUCUUCUCCUUCUUUGAAAGGCUUGAGGGCGGGUGUGCCACUGGUACGCCUCCGUUUGGAGUGCGUUUCCAGCUCUGCGGCGUCUUUCGGUACCACGUCCGGCGGCGGAGGUGGCGGCGGCGAGUUUGGCGGCGGUGGCGGAGGUGGUGGAUCGAAUGGCGGAGAUGCGGAAUCGAAUUCGGUUGCGGAAGCGGUCGGCGCGGAGGAGGCUCCGGUGCUGGCGCAGGAUGUUAUAGUACUCGAUGUUGGGGGAAUGACAUGCGGGGGAUGUGCAGCUAGUGUGAAGAGAAUUCUUGAAAGCCAAUCACAAGUAUUUUCUGCUAGUGUCAAUCUUGCUACGGAGACUGCAAUAGUGCGGCCAGUAUCUGAAGCAAAAGUUGUGCCCAACUGGCAGAAACAACUGGGUGAGGCACUUGCAAAGCAUCUGACCAGUUGUGGUUUCAUAUCGAACCUCCGAGAUGAAGGAAGGGAUAAUGUCUUCAAAGUUUUUGAAAAGAAAAUGGAUGAAAAGCGUGAUCGCCUAAAAGAAAGUGGUCAUCAGCUUGCUGUCUCUUGGGCUCUCUGUGCUGUAUGCCUCCUUGGCCAUGUUUCUCAUAUUUUUGCCACUAAGGCUUCAUGGAUCCAUGUAUUUCAUUCUGUAGGAUUCCAUCUAUCUCUGUCUUUGUUUACAUUGCUUGGUCCUGGACGGCAACUUAUUCAAGAUGGUGUCAAAAGCCUUUUUAAGGGGGCUCCAAAUAUGAACACUUUAGUAGGUCUUGGGGCAUUAUCGUCAUUUGCUGUUAGCUCGUUUGCUGCAUUAGUACCAAAGCUGGGUUGGAAGGCAUUCUUUGAGGAACCAAUUAUGUUAAUAGCAUUUGUCUUGCUAGGAAGGAAUCUUGAAGAGAGAGCUAAAAUUAAAGCAGCCAGUGAUAUGACUGGACUUCUAAGUGUUUUACCUACAAAAGCUCGUCUUGUGGUCAAUGGUGAUGCAACAGAUCUGGGCUCAAUUGUUGAAGUUCCUUGCAGCAGCCUUUCUGUUGGAGACCAAAUUGUUGUCCUACCUGGUGAUCGUGUUCCAGCAGAUGGAACAGUCAGAGCUGGCAGAAGCACCAUUGAUGAGUCAAGUUUCACAGGGGAGCCAUUGCCAGUUACCAAACUACCUGGGAAUCACGUAUCAGCUGGAAGUAUAAAUCUCAAUGGAACUCUUACAAUUGAAGUGAAAAGACCAGGGGGUGAGACUGCCAUGGGAGACAUUGUCCGUUUAGUAGAAGAAGCACAGAGCAGGGAAGCUCCAGUACAACGGUUGGCUGACAAGGUGUCUGGCCACUUUACUUAUGGAGUAAUGGCAAUUUCAGCAGCUACAUUUAUGUUCUGGAGCAUGUUUGGGACACAUAUUCUACCUGCAGCUUUGAACCAAGGAAAUCCAGUUUCUCUAGCUCUACAGCUGUCUUGCAGUGUUUUGGUUGUUGCUUGUCCAUGUGCACUUGGCUUGGCCACACCCACUGCUGUACUGGUUGGAACUUCAUUGGGAGCAACAAGAGGACUGCUUUUACGUGGAGGAAAUGUUCUGGAGAAGUUCUCAAUGGUGAAUUCUGUUGUGUUUGACAAAACAGGGACCUUAACAAUUGGCAGACCUGUUGUAACGAAGGUUGUUUCUCUUGGAGGCAUGGAAAUUACAGAUUCACAACUAAAGCCAAAUGCUACGUGGUCUGAAGUUGAAGUUUUGAAGUUAGCUGCAGGUGUGGAAUCAAAUACCAUUCAUCCAGUUGGAAAAGCUAUAGUAGAAGCUGCACAGGCUGCUAGCUGUACGAGUGUGAAGCAGGUGACUGAUGGAACAUUCAUGGAGGAACCUGGGUCUGGUGCUGUAGCGACCAUUGAGAAUAAGGUGGUUUCUGUUGGAACACUGGAUUGGAUUCAAAGGCAUGGUGUUUGUGAGAAUCCAUUUCAAGAAGCGGAGGAUAUUAAGAAUCAGUCUGUUGUCUAUGUUGGAGUAGAUAAUACACUUGCUGGACUUAUAUACUUCGAAGAUCAGAUUAGAGAAGAUGCUCGCCAUGUUGUUGAGUCUUUGUCCUGUCAGGGAAUAAAUGUGUACAUGUUGUCUGGUGACAGAAAGAAAAAUGCUGAGUAUGUUGCUUCACUUGUUGGCAUUCCAAAAGAGAAGGUGCUUUCUGGAGUUAAGCCAGAUGAAAAGAAGAAGUUCAUCAGUGAACUUCAGAAGGAUCAGAAUAUAGUAGCCAUGGUUGGUGAUGGAAUAAAUGAUGCAGCUGCCUUGGCUGAGUCACAUGUUGGAGUAGCCAUGGGAGAAGGUGUUGGAGCUGCCAGUGAGGUAUCCUCCAUUGUGCUGAUGGGCAACAGGUUAUCACAGGUGCUUGAUGCACUGGAGCUGAGCAGGCUAACAAUGAAAACUGUGAAGCAAAAUCUUUGGUGGGCUUUUGCAUAUAACAUCGUAGGAAUUCCGAUUGCAGCUGGAGUGUUACUGCCAAUAACCGGGACCAUUCUGACACCGUCAAUUGCUGGAGCCCUCAUGGGUUUCAGUUCUAUUGGAGUGAUGAUGAAUUCAUUGCUUCUGAGAUUGAAAUUCUCCUCCAAACAGAAAAAGGUCCACGGAGCAUUUCCAGACCCCAAGAUUUAUUUGGAUUCUGUUCUCUUGGACCAGAAGGAGAAAAUUAAACCACCUUGGUCAGAUUCUCGAUGGAGGUAGGCAUGAUAGAAGUGCAGAGACUCAAACCAUGGUAAUUCUUCAUACUCUACACGAGCAUUGGCAUUUUGAGUUGGUAGAUUGCAAUACUAGAAGAAAAAAGGAAUUGGGAGAGAUUAAGACAUUUUUUUGGUGACCAAAUGAUGAAAAGAUGUGAGAAAAGCAACUAGAAAAUGUCCAUUAAUGUGAAACUUGAAAGAUGAAGUUGAGCUGAAUAGAAGCACUUUCGGUGACAUUGAAAUGUUGCAGUGACAACGAUACUUCUCCUGGGUUUAAAAGCUGCAUCCUUCGAUUUCCAGUAAUGGCUCUUGGUCCAAACCGUCUGCAGUUACUUCCAACAGCUAUGGAAAUUGAAAACAUUAUAUUUAAAACAUAUUUAAACAGCCAAAUCAUUCUUUCCCUUUUUUUUUUUUAA